CGUUGCUUGGAGACGAUCAGAACACAACAUCAUGGCUUACUCCGUACUAGACACAAUCUUCCAUGAACUCAUCCUUAGAACGACGAUAAAGACAAUAAACUAAAAGUAUUUAUUAAUAGAAGUAACAAUCAUGUCAUAUCGUGAUUUAAGAAAUUUUACAGAAAUGAUGAGAUUCCUCGGGUAUCCCAGAUUAAUUUCUCUGUCGAAUUUUCGCGUGCCAAAUUUCCCUUUAGUUGCGGAAAUAUUAGUGUGGCUCGUGCGAAGAUUUGAUCCGGAUACUGAUAUUCCUACUGACCAUCACACUGAAGAAGAUCGAGUAGCGAUUAUUCGUCGUGCUGCCGAAUUUAUGGCGAUAAAAACCAAUAUUAAACUCAACACGAAAAGACUGUACCAAGCUGACGGCUACGCAGUGCAUGAACUCUUGAAAAUAGCUACAUUGUUGUAUGCAGCCCAGAGUAAUAGUGCUGAAGACGAAAUCUUAUCAUCUGAUAACAAACAUCAAGUGAAAAUCGAUAUCGGUGAUCGACUAAAUGAACUAAAAAACACAAGACAAUUAGCGAGCCAAUUAACCGUUAAUGGUGCCAGUCUAUUCGACCUACUCGGGCGAGAAGUGCAGUUAAGGGAAAUUAGAAAUUUAAAGGUUGCCAGGCAGUUCGAUACUGCGGAAAUUGAACUCGCUAUGAGAGAAGUCAUAGAAAAUGCGAAAAAAGAGAUCGAGGAGACAAGAAAUCAAAUCGAGAACGUCAAGGAGACAGAAAAAAAUUUGGAAUCUCGAAUUAAUCGGAGAAAAACAGAGUUGGAACGCAAUCAGGCACGACUGCAAUCCUUGCGAAAAGUUCGUCCUGCAUUUAUGGAGGAAUUCGAGAAGCUCGAGGUAGAAUUACGUGCUGUGUAUGAUGAUUAUAUUCAGAAAUGCAGAUAUCUGUCGUAUUUGGAACACUUGUACGAGGACGUCACGAAAGUUGAACAGGAAAGAUUCGAAAAGCGACAGGCGGCGACUAAAAGACAAUUGGAGCAGUUACGAGGAGAGGACGCGAGCUUUGAAAGCAUGAUGGAGAGUAAUGAUUCGAUUAUUCCUACCAACUUGGGAGGGCCCUUAGAGGACACGGAGCAAAGGGGUAGUGACAGUACUGGGCAUCUUAGUCGUGCUGCUCAACCUGAAUCCACUGGAAGAGUUUCCUCCAGGGUUUCAAUGCCUCAGCGAAAAAUAUACGGUUCAAUGUCAGGACGUCCACGAGGAGCGGCCAAAGAAGCCACUGACAGUGUUGGUUCUCUGGACAGUGAUAGUGAUUUACUAAUCGAUGGUGAUGACCUCGAUGAUGACGACGAUGACUUGGAGGAUGAAAUAUUAAAUCCAGUGAAUCCUCGUGAAAUAGCUGGAUUUGAUUUAAAAAGCGGCGAAAAACGCGAUAAUCAUCGAUUCAUUUUUUACGGACUUGGAGGAGCCCUUGAGAACUUCCACUAAAGAUUCAAUAUAUUUUAAUCAUCAACGGAAUAUCAAUAAAAUGAGUAACUCUAUAGCACAUUACUAAGAGGACCCGACAAUGAUACACAGAUCAUUUUAGACACAUGGAAAGGAAAGGUAUAUCGAGACAUUUUUCCCAGUUAAAAAAAUUAUCAUAAAAAAAACGUUCGUCGGUUCCCCUCCCCUCUCUUUUUGAGUUAUUCGAAAAAUUAUCUGUAAACUCAUGCCAGUGUCACCUUAUGUUAUCCAUCACUGCUGAAUGAACGCAAUAGUGUUCAGAAAAUUAUCAUUGUCGGCCUUGUUCAUUGAGCAAAUCAGAGAUCAUAUUCACGUAUCGUUUAAUUUGUGAAUUAUCAAAUAUUCAAGCAUUCAAUACUUCCUCCUUGCGCUAUUAGACAGUAGAAAUAUCGUAAAUUGUUGCGCGACAUUCCAUAUUCACUGAAUUGAAGUAAAAAAAAUUCGAUGAUUCACAAUUUAAUUAGUACCAUUGAAUUUUCGUACAGAAAACAUGUUAAUAAAAUUCAAUGGUGCUUCAUGAUAAAUACGUCGACAAAUCAAUAUAAAUAAAUUGUUUAAUACUACGGAUUAUAGUACCAAAACGCCAUCUGUCUAUAUUUACUCAGCUAUAAACUAAUGCGAAAUUCAAUUUUUCAUGUUAAAUUUGUUUUUUUUUUUCAUAUGGAUAUGCAUUGGUGUUCGCUUGAAAUCUUCAUUGACAGUGGUUAAAGUAAAAUUCACCGAAGAAAUACUGCAUUUUUAGGCCCACGCGAUGAAAUUUCGUUACCAAGAGAUUCCACAAACAGUUAUUUCAAUUAAAA